AUCCACGGUCAGUCUCUCCGCGCGUGUUACUAUAUAAUAUUAUAUUUUUGUCGUUUUCUUUAAUUGAAAUCUGAAAAUAAAUAACCUAUAACAGUGUUUUUUAGGUAUCGUGAUAUCGCGGCGCGUAUGAUUAUAUAUAUAUACAUAUAAUAUGUAUGUAACUAAUACGCUACGGCUAGGCAAAUAGAUAUUAUUAAGACCGAACCAACCAGUUUCACGUCUCCACUUCGCAGCGGUAGUGAUCCGCGGCGGCAGCUACGCUAGAAAACGACUUUGCUCCUCCGCGACCUCGUCGACUGAACAACCACGGUUUAGUGCCCACUGCGGUACCACGCUGUAAGUACGUACACGUUGGCGGUCGUCUCCUUGUGCGAAAAAUAUUCUACCAUAAAAAUUCUCCGUCCGUCUUGUUGAACGCGAAAGGAUAAUAUUAUUAUGUUUCCUGGAUCCGUUUCCGCGAGGAACACCAUGAUCCUCGCCGUCGCGCUUAUUGUCUCGAUAGCCGCCGUUACGUCCGAAGAAUUCGCUAACACGUGCGUGUUCCAAAAAAGCACAGUCGUCGCAGAAUAUAAACUGGAUACGCUAAACAAUGUCUUCAAAGAAACACUAAUAACUGAGUCGAAUGACAAUGUUUAUGUUGUAUCAAUUUGCCGUCAUGUACCGGAAAUGUAUUAUGAUCCCAGAAAAAUGAUUGGUGCUAUUAAAUUGACGGCCGAUGGGAAAACAAUCGAUCUUGGACACAUCAACCAAUCCAAUGCCACCGUUAACGGUAAUAGUGUUGUGCUUACAUACAUGAAUGAUCGAGGUAGAAAUUCAGAAGACACUUGCAAAGGUCUUCGAUGGAAAACACAUCUGAAGUUUUUGUGUGAUCCGUAUGCAAACCACGAUAUUUUAACAUUGAUUGACGAAGAUCCUGAACAACCUGAAAUAUGUCAAGUGUGGUUUGAAGUAAAAACAUCUAAAACAUGUAAUUGGCAUUCAAACAUACCAUUAGCUGUUUUGGCAAAAGAUUUUUCUACUCGUAAGAACUCUGUAACCAAACCUGGAGAGUGGACGGCUGAUCAUGAAAAAUACAAUGCGAGGGAGUCAACUAAUUCUAAUAAAAUACCUUCAACUAAAAAUUCAUUGGAUCACAAAAUGUAUAAUUUCAAUAACAAUAAUAAAACAUUUAGUAACGAAAAUGAUAGUAUCAGUAAAGAAAACAAAAUAAACAAUGAAGAAAUUAAAAAUAGAAACUCAACUCAAAAUAUUUCAACAGAUCAAAAAAAACAACCAGACAAUGUAAAUGAAGAUAAUAAUUUAAAUGAGUAUGAAAAAUCGAUUUACGAGAAAGAUGAAACGGAGAAAGCUAAAGAAGGUAGUUCAAAAAUAAAUACACCUGAAAACAAAAUAUUAGCAGAUCAUGAAAAUAAUAAUAAUUAUUCAAGUAAUGAUUUGGAAAAUAAAUUUACUAAUCUCAAAAUUAACAACACCGUUCCUAGUACAUCGUAUAAUAACGAAUACGGUUAUCCCGGAAAAAAUGAAACUAUCUUGCACUAUAAUAGUUUAAAAAAAUAUUUAAAUCAAAAUAAAAACUCUGAAGGUAAAUAUGAGAAUUCGGUUAUAAACAAUAUAAACGAAUCAACAAAAUAUGAUAAAAAAAAGGACGACAUAUUAAAUCAGAAUGUUCCCGAAAUGGAAAAAAUUUCGAAACGAAAAACAUUUGAAAACAAAACAUCAAAUAAAGAGAUCAACGAUUCCGUAGAUAGCAAAAAACCUUCAGAUAAUGAAAAAAAGUUUAACCCAGAGUACCCACAAAAAUCGAAUUUAUAUAACGAUACUAAUAAUAAUGCUUUGAACUUGAAUAAUGGGAUCAAACAUAAUAUAAUUGACGAAGGAAAAAAAGUCGAUAUUUCAAAUCAAAGCCAAUCAAAAAACACCAAAUCGAUUAUUCAUGAUGAUAGCAAGGUACCAGGUGAAAGAGCUAAAGAAAAUAACACAAAUCAAACGCAUUCGCAAAAAAAUGAUUUGGUGGAUUUUAGAUCUCAAGAAGUAGAUUCAAAAACUGUAAUCAAAAACAAUGCGAGAGACAUCAAUGGUUCAAUAAUCCCUCGUGAUGACGAUGAAAAAAAACCAACCGAUGUUGAAGAUAAAAGUAUUGAUACUAAUAAUAUUAAUACAACAAGACAUAGUACAAGAGAUGAUAAUAAAAUUAUCGAUGCUGAUGAAAGGAAUAUAAUGAAAAAUAAUUAUAAUAUAACUAGCGAUAAUGAUAAAACCGCUUUUGUUGUUACAAUUAAGCCAACGAAAAAUAGUCCAUCAAAUAUAAAUGAAUCUGGUGAAGUAAAUGGUUCGUCUACUGAAUUACCGAUAAACACGUCAUCAAAUAAUAUUGAAACAGACACUAAAUUAGAACCAAACGGUACAAUUAUAAGUUAUAUCAAUGGCGUUCAUAAAAAUAUAAAACCAAACCAAUUGGAACCGGUACCUAGUGAAAAUUUAUCAGAUAAUAGUAAAAGUGAUGAUUUAAAUACGAAUGAAGAUAGUGCAAACCAAUCAGAAAAUAACUCCAGUUCGAAAAUACGCGUCUCUGCAGCUUCAAUAAUUGGAGGAUUAGUUUCAUUGAUAGCCGCUACUGGAGUUAUUGGAACAGCCAUAAAUCGAUAUUAUUAUAAAAAAACUGGUAUAGAUCAAAUACCCUUCAAAGAAACGUUCCAGUCAAUUUUUAAUUUAUUUAAAACUAUUAUAACAAAGUUUUGUUGUUGUUUGCCUUGUGUUUCUGGUGUUUCUGGUGAUGACUUAGAAGCACAAAACUCUACGAAUGAAAAAACACCUCUUUUACAACCUAAAUUCGAUACUUCGUCACCGGUAGUCGUAGAUGAAACUUCUCAAAAAUCCAAAAAGCGCAAUAAAAGCAGUGACGAUGGAAAACAGCAAAAAAGUGAUAGCGACGAUAGUCAACAAAAUAGUAAUAAUGAAUAUGGGAGUAUGAAAAAUGAAAGUAAACCAUUGGCUGCAAAACGUAAUAGCAAAAAUUCUACUACAGACAAUAAAUCACUUGCGAAAAAUCUCGAAGAGAAACUUACUAAUGCUGAGAAUAAUUUGCAAGGAAAAUCUAUAAAAGAAGUUAUAAGUGGAAAAAUUAAUUCAAUAUUCGCUGAAAAAUUAAAACCUACAAUUAACGGUAUUUUUGAAAAUGUGGGGAAAAAAGUUGAAUCAACAGAAGAAAUAAAGAAAAACUUGGAUACCAUAUCUAAAGACGCAGAAACAAUCUCCAAACUAUUAGAAAACGAAAAACCAGUAAAAAAUAUUGAAAUUAAACCUGAAAAUAAAGGUAAAUCACAAAAUAAUUCAGAAAAAGAACCUUCAAAUGAAACUGAAAUAGGCAAUGCCGUAGUACAAGAAAAUAUCAAUAGUACAAAGCUUGACGAAUUGCAACAGUCUCAAAACGUUAAACCUAUUAAUGAAGUUAUAAUUCCAAAAGUGUCUGUACCGGAUCUUCAACAAAUUGAAACAAAUAAACAAGCAUCUGACUUGAAAACAGCGAGUACAUUAGAUAAAGUUAAGACCGAAGAAUCAAUUGAGAAUACAAAUGACAAGAAUGAUGUUGUUACGAAAAAUAAGACUGCACAACUCGGAGACUUAGUUGUUACGCCCAUCUCGGAGACUGCGAGUAAAAUAAAUGAAUCCAAAUUGAAAUUCUUAGGAUUCGAUAAAGAAGAUAAAAAUGUACAACAAGAAGUAGCAAACGAAUCCAUUGAAUCUGAAAAAAAAGAAGAAGAUGACGACGACGAUGAAUCAGUUGAAGUCAUUGAAGAAGUUGUAUACAUUGACGGAGCUGAUGGGGCCGAGGAUGAAGAAAUUAUCGAAGAAAUAACAGAAACUACUACAAUCGACCCGGACGACGUGGACGAGUCUGGGCACGCCAAGGUUACUGUCCAUACAACUCGUAAAAUAUCGUCAUCUUCGUUGCCCGGGGAAGUAAAAACCUUCGAAGAAACUGUGGUCACCGAUGGUUCACCGGAAAACGAGAAAAAAAUGCCUGGUUUCCAGUUUGGUAUUGGAAAAUCCGGAGUCAGCAUGAGUGUUGGUGAUAAAAAGUUGAAGAUCGGUAUGCCCGAUUUGAAGCUGAACCGCAGUAAAAGUAAAUCGCCGAAAAACGUAGAAGAUGACGAGCCUGACAAACGGGACCCCAAGUCUCCGGAAAAGGUCAAAAAGUCUAUGUCGUUGCCCAAAAUAUUUAAGCGGUCUAUUUCUCAACCAGCAGACGAUGAUAUUCAAGAAGCUGAAAGCGAGUCUCAGUUGGACUCUGCGCCUAUUAAAAAAUCGUCCCGGUCUAAUUCCGGUCUAUUGAAAUUUGGAAAGUCACGAUCCAAAUCUUCGUUGAUUCCUGAGGCGGAUGACGUUAAGAUAGACACGGAUACGAUGUCAGAAUUCAUAGAUAAAGAACGGAAGGCGUCUAUUAUAUCGAAUAUAGGAUUAGGUGAAUUCGACAUAGCCGUAGGCGAUGCAGAUGUUGCCAACACGACGGUUGUUCGUAAAACAUCCACAACAAAUAAUAAAGAAAAAGAUGCUCCAACAUCUCCAACAGAUUUAUUGUUAGGAUCGGCCAAAGUCCAACCAUCGACCAAAACUACUGACUCCAGGUCGAACGGCAAAACUAAACGCGAAAAAAAAGAUAAAACGAAAUUAACUACAAUAACGCGGCCAUUUUAGAUACACAUAAAUCUAAGGAAUAUUUUUAAACUUACCGUGUAAGAAACAAAAUAUUAUUGGUUCAUUUGUGUAUUAUUUUUUUAACAAAUAUUUUUCGUUGAUAUGAAUUGUAUCUGUUGAAAUUUCAAUUUUAACUCCCAUUAUUAUAAAUUUGUUAAUGUUUCGAUUUUUUUUUUUUAAUUCAACAUUAAUUUUAUUUGUGCAUAGGUGUACUAAUUAUACGGGAAUUUGUUCAUCUAAUUUUAAUUCUAUAUGUAUUUUUACAAUUUUCCAUUUUCUAUUGGUUCACUUAUACUUUCAAUAAAAUUGUAUUUUUAAUUAAAAAUGUUAUUCCUAAAUUCAAUUGUUUUUAUGUAUAAAAUUUAAAAAAUACUAGUUUAAAAUUAUCAUGAAUAAAAUGUUUUCUAUUUUAAAUAUUGAGAUUGUUAUGAACAUUCGAUGCACACAAAUUUUUCGUAUCAAUUUAUUUAUAGCCUUGGAAAAUAGUUACAUAACUGUUGUCUGUUUCCGAAUUGAUUUAUGAAUUACCAACACUCAGACAUCAAUGAAAACUAUGAUAAAUUUACUAUGUUAGGUUAAUAUCAAGUAUUAUAACGUCAUAUUGUAAAAAUAAAACAUUUUUUUUUUUUUUUUACAAUAAAUUUUACAUUUUUCUAAAGUAAUUUAUUGAUGCUGAAUGAUAAUUAUUACUAAUUAAUGUAUAGAUUCUACUCAGUCAAUUUUAAAUAUCGAUCAUAAUACGUUGAGUGUGAUUUAAAUCACAAAUAAUUGUGUUCAAUGAUUUGUUUAACAUAAAAAUGUUGUUUUAGUGUUUCCGCUUUAUUCCUCUGAUCUGUUUCUUUAAUUGUUUUAAUGCGUUUUAAACAUAUAUAAUCAACGACCGGCCGAAGUUGAAAAAAAGGGUAUUGUCAUAACAUAAACUUUAAUCACAUUAUAUAAAUUAAAAAUAAUGAUUAUUUGAUGUA